UUACAGUGACGCCGAGCACGAGCAAAAUGAUUGAGAGGAUUGUUGCCAACCAAAAUGUUUUUUAUCGGCAUGAGCAGCGUGGCACACCAGAUCUAACACUGGAGCAGAAAAGGGAAAUCUUGGAGACGUUGUUUAAAAAAGACCCACGUCUCUUUAUGCGUCGAUAUCACACCUAUCUAUCGAUCGAGGACUGCGACUGUUUUGAUCAGGAUGAGUAUGAGAUUCAGUUUUUCCGCAAGGCUAUAACUGAACGAAUAAAGAAUGCAGAUACGAGGAAGAACAAGGUGAUUCUUUUCGACUCCGAUUAUUACGAAAUGGAUUGCAGCCUGAAGAACCAACGGUUUGCGGAGUUAGAGCGAUUAAAAAAAGAAACGGAUUAUUUUUCUAAUAAGAAAAUGCGAGAACGUGAGCCGCUGCUGUUUGAUAAAAUGGUUGGAAGGUUUUUGCCAGAAGAAGAGCAGUUCUAUCUCAGGCCUACGAUCGAAAGUGAUUCUCUUUCCGGUCUUCUCAUGCAGUUUGAGGAUUCACAGAUCAUUUCGAAUCGUCGCGAACUUCAACAAUCUGAAUGGCAAGAUUUUCUCAAGCUUGGUAACUUAGCGCAACAUGCGAGCAGCAGACUGUGUGAAAUUGAGCAAAGCAGCUCCGAGAAGAACGACUGGGUGAGGCGUGGGAGCAGAUUAGGCUCGGAACCUGGGGAACAGGAAGUGGAUUCCGGAUCAUCGGAGGAAGAGGGCGAUCAGGAGCAGCUAAGAGCGGAUUUCAUCGAUCACAUGGAACAAAGAUUUUUAAGAGGUGGGUUGGCUCCGAAUGUUCACAUUGGUCUGUAGCA